GGGCGGAGGCGGUUGCUGUUUUACGACCCGCGAACUUUGCUUUACGGCAGCAGUCAGGCAGGGCGCGGGAGCGAGCGCGGGGUUUCUGUACCCCCUCGGCGGGGGGCGAGCGGAAUCAUGGCUAGUACUAUGAUAGCCGUCGGUCUGACAAUAGCUGCCGCUGGAUAUGCAGGCCGUUACGCAUUACAGGCAAUGAAACAAAUGGAGCCACAAGUGAAGCAAGCUCUUCAGUCUCUGCCAAAAGCUGCCUUCAGUGGUUAUUACAGAGGAGGAUUUGAAUCCAAAAUGACCAAGAGAGAAGCUUCUUUAAUAUUAGGAAUCAGCAGUCCUACAGCUAAUAAAGGAAAAAUCAGAGAAGCUCACAGACGAAUCAUGCUUUUGAAUCACCCCGAUAAAGGUGGAUCCCCAUAUAUUGCAGCCAAAAUCAACGAAGCUAAAGACUUACUGGAAGGUCAAGCCAAGAAAUGAACACUUUACCUAGAGAGAAAGUUAUCCAGCUUGGCAAAUGGUGGUACGGAAUGGGCCGUGAGGAACUACUUAAUUUUUUUAUCUUCUCAGAACUGAAUCUAAAACUACUUUUGCUAGAAAGAUUUGGAAGGGGGGGGGCAGGGAAAGGCUGUUGGGUUUGGCAUGAACCAAUGCAGCCCCUCCAUUGAGCGGCUUUCUGAAGUGUUGGACCUAAUUAAGGUUAAUCAGAUGCAGAUACUGUUUGAGGUAUCAUUGUAUUGCUGAUCUAUGACUCUGGGUUGAAGCACCUGAGACUUACCUUGUGACAGUUUUUCAGGAAUAAAGUGUUUUAAAUCUUUA